AUGGACUACUUUAACAUCCAGGUAUUUACUGAAGCGUUGUCAUGUUCAUUUCAUAGCAGGAAGAUGCUUUAUUAUCUGAAGAAUGGUUGAGGUGGGAUUCCUCACCCCAUCACAUUGACUCUCAGGUGCUUAUCACACAUGUUGACUGCUUCCCAGCCGGAUAACCCUGUGUCCAUUCUCAGCCAAGAAAUGAGCAAACAGUUCCUGGAUACACAGAGUGAGGCAGACAAAUAUAAGGUACCAUGUUAUUUAAGGAUUGUAAUUUUUUUUUUUAAAAGCCUACAUAUACAUUUGGAGAAGCUGACUUCAUAUUUUUAGCUUCUCAGAUGAUUUUCUUUUUAUGCCUUCAUAGUUCUUCAUGAAAGCAACCCUCUUGGAACGGAUGAAAACAAAUUACAGCCACAUCAAGCAAUUUCAAUCUGUCACACGACAGCAGGUUGAGGAAAUGGAGAAGGUACUUACUUUCAACACACAGCCUCUCAAUUUUAAUUGAAACAGGCCCCUGAGUUAAAUAAUUUUCAGACCUGGAGUUUAAUUUUUUACAAUUUUGAUGUUUGCGAGAAGAAAUUUAAACAAGACUUUAAAAAGGUAAUAUUUACUUGCAAAAUGGUGUCUUUUAAAUCAGCACAGCAGGUGUGAUCAUCAGCUUAAGUCCAUUUGCUUUCUUUUUCUUAAUCCCAUUCUGUUAUGAUACCUUUCUCUGUUGCAUGCUGCUCAUCUGUUUGUGUCGCCUAAAUAAAGUCAUAUUAGGUCAUCUUUCUCACAUUGUUUGUAUCUAGUGUCUAAAGAACCUGAAGCAAGACUUCCUGCAGAAGCAAGACAGGUAUGAAAACCUGCAGUCGUUCAGUGAAAUGAGGAUUGCCCGGGAUAAUUUAAAGAAAGCAAUGGCAUGGUGUUUGGUAAGGUUUAACUCAAACUUUGAAUUUGUUCAAUUAUCUUCUUUAUUUAUGAUUUUAAAAGGAUUUUAUGAUUUAUCAAAUGGCAGAAGAUACAGAAAAAAACACUCUUCCUUUGGAUCUGUAUUUUUGACAAGGUGCACACGGCUCCUUAAGAUUAUAAUAAAGGAGGACAUUAAGGAGGAAGAGGAGAAGACCUACCAGCAUCAGAGCAACCUUCAGCUCUGUCAGGUGAGUCAUAAGUAUUCCUAUUCUGUUAAACAUACAAAAGCUUGUUGGAUGUUGGAUCCCUUCAGAGUCCCUGUCACAUAAAUACCUUCCUCCAUUUUUUUUUUUGCAGUUUAGCAUUGCUUUUUCAGCUUUUAGCAUUCAGCAUUUCCAUGCAUUUUCUGUGAGGAAAUGCAAUUCUCUAGUUUUUCAGAUGUUGUCCUUAAAGAGCCCUCUGACUCAAGACUAUACAUUUUUCCUUGCGCUCUGAAAUGUCUUACCUUAGCUGCACUUCAGAGCCCCUGUCACACAUGAACUCUUGACAUAUUCUUGACAAUUUCAGGGCAUUCAGGUCUUGAUAUUUUCCCAAAGUGCCUUUGACACAUGCAGUACAAAGCUGGAACUGUUUCUGACACACUCCCACAACUCGUCAGUUUGAUUUAGAUGAUUGGGGGCGGCUGGGGAGAGCAUGUACAAAGACGGGUAGUCCUUUAUACUGGUGGCUGUUUCUAUGUCACUGCAUUAUGUACUGUAUAGGGAUGAGCCUGCAUUACAAACACAACAGUGGAGAACACAACACUGCCAUGUGAGGUGAGCAGUAAAGCAGUCAAACUUUGAAAAAUCAGAACAACGCUGUCAAUCCAACCAGCCGCCCACUUGCGUGCUGCAAAUGUUCCAGACUACGGUCUGCCACAUUUACACAUUCGCUCUCCUCUGACUAUAUGCAUCAUUUCACAGGGAUAAUGUCUGUAUUGGUUAAAGUCAACAAAUGUGACAGUUCGCAUUCACACAUGCAUCACAUCCAAUACAUGAGUGAAAAGGGGUUUGUAUGCACUUAAAACUGCUGUAUGUUUGAUGCAAAACCUCUGCGAUCUCUAUGUUCUAUAAAACACCUUUGGGGCGUUGGUUUUAAUAUAAUUUCUGCCAUCUCGAUAGCAUCCAGUCCCUCUGAUUUUUUAUGAUUAGACAAUUACUGUACUAACUAGAAAACGUGGGAUUGCUCUGGUUGAAAUUGCUAUCGCUAAGCUGCUAUUGCGAAUGGAGGAAUUUUGAAAUAUGUGAAAGAUAAGAAGGUUCGAAUUAUUAGGGAGAUUUGAAUCAAUUUGAAUGAAUUGAAUAAUGCAUGAAUAAUAAUAACAAAAUUCAAUGUGUGAAAAUUAAAAUGAUUAAAAACCCUGAACUCCUCAAAGGCUUGAGGAAUCAGAAAGGUUUGAAUCAGUUUAAAUGAGUUGGAGUUAGUUUGAAGAGUUAAAAAAUGCAUAAAGAGUGAAAAUGAUUUAAAAAGGGGAAAAUUAAAAUGAUUUUAAUGCUUAAUCAGCAUUUCCACUUAAUAAUAAUAAAGAUAUGAGUAACAUAUAGUGGGAAUGUUUCGCAAUCCCACUCCAUUAAAAUAGGAGGCAUUGCACAGUUUACUGACAUACCUGUACACACCUUCAAAUAAGUCUGGUUGAAAACUUUAACAGCGCUGUUUCAAAUUUUCCAGACCGAGAUCACACAAAUAGAAACGAAGCUUCAGGACAUUACAAACAAUAUUAGGAGUCUGAGAAAGACACAAGAGUCUCAAACUGAGGACUGUCUUGACUCAAAAGAAAAACUGAAGAUAAUUUACAAAGCUUUAGAGACACAGGAGGAAGGGAUUAUUCAGAGAAAACCUGAAUUUUUCUGUGAAGUGUACAUAAUUGAACUGUGUUCACCCACACAGACUUGGACCAGUUCGCCUCAUCUGUACUGGACCACACCACCCAGAAACAGAUCACCAUGUAUCCCAACCAGAAGCCUUGGAUGAACCGGGAUGUCUGUCUCCUGCUGAAGGCCCGCAACACCGCCUUCAGGUCAGGGGGAUGCACAGGCCAUACUCAUGUAUAUUUCUCCUUCAUACCGUGUACAUUUGUAAAUAUAUUUAUACUUACUAAGCACUUCUGGAUUUCGUUGCUCUGUACUUGUGACAUGUGCAAUGACAAUAAAGUUGAAUUCUAUUCUGUUCUAUAAUUGAUGUUGGUUUAAGUGACAUAAUCUCUUCCCAAAGCUUGUUUAUUUUCCGGCUCUGAACAAAAUCAAGCAGUCCAAACAGGAGCAAAACCUUCUCCAGGACAAAAUAAACCAGGCGAAAAUAAGGUAAGCAAGUAUAAAGGUUAGAGCGGACCUCGAAGGGGGUUCUUCAUCCAAAUAUUUCUUUCCUUUCAGUUUGAGCCAAAACAGCGACAGAGAGCCUGAAUACACAAAGCAGCAGGAGAAAAUAUGCAGUCUGAAAGAGCAGCUUGCAGAGCUUGAGAAUGAGUUCUCACAGCUGAAUCAAGAGAUCGAGAGCAAACAACAAGCUCUUCUCUCAGUAAAGGAAGAACGGGACAAGCUGAGGUACCAGAAGUGAUACGAACUGGUUUUAUGAAUAUGCUAAGGAGGAUCUGGGAUGGGAGAGUUUCUUGAGGAGGGGUCCAGGUUCCUGUUUAUGCUUUUUGGUAAACUGUCCUGAUAAAACUUUUUGAGCUGAUUGGAAGAAAGAAAACUCAAACUUUCAAAUGAAUCCAAUCUGAAUAGAAGGAAUCAGCUCCUGACCAGUCAAUCGAACAAACUGAAGCGGUAUGAGGAAAACAUCCCUGACCUGCUCAAUUCAAUCUAAGAGGCGGACGCUAAGAGACUCUUUCUCAAGAGACCAGUUGGACCUAUAGGUAAAAAUGAUGCUUUUUAUGCUUUUACUUCUUUUAUGGAUUAUUAAAGAGAUUAAUUGGCAUACGUUAAAUUAGCAAGACUGCAUUCUUACAGAUAGUUAGAUGAACUAAGAGGAGGGAGCUGAGCUGAAUGGCAAACCUCUUAAUUUACCAGUCAAUUUAGGUUCCUCCCCUCACCUACAGUAUGUCCGAAGAAUGAUAUUGAUAUGGCUGGGGUCAGGAGCUUGGACAUCCAAAGGAAGCUCAGAGGAGAGCAGCUCUCUUGCUUUGAGAGGGGUUAGUUGAAGUAGUUCUGGGUUGCCUCCCUCUGGGGGUAUUUCCAGCAGGGAGGAGGCUCUGUGGUAGACACCAGGCUCACUUUAGAGAUUGUACUUUAUAUCCGAUCUGGUCUGGGAAAGUCGAGGGAUCCCCCAGGAGGAGCUAGAAGAAGUUGCUAAGGAGAGAGAUGUCUGGGUUGACUUGUUUAGACUCUCACUAAAACAUGCUGCACCACUUAUCUCAUAUGUUAAGUUCAUUUAUAAAAGGUCUGCAACAUGUUCCUUUACAGGAGAAUAUUUCAAUGUGUGCUUUCUUUGAAUGAAAAUCUUUGAGUAAGUUUUUAUACUGAAUUAACAAACAGCAGUUGAAUGAGUUGACGCUCUGCUCUUAGGAGCUUGCAUCAGUGUGAGGGACCCUGUGUUGGCGCUGUCUGCUGAACCUCCUGAAAACCUUCUGCUGUGGCAACUAUAGGGACGAGGCGGUCCUUCAGGAACUUAUGUCUCAGCAUUAUCUCAGGGGCAACAGGCCGCAGAUCAUCGUCAGCCCUUUCGUUGACAGAGUUUAAGACAUUGACAAUUGGUGACUGUUCAGAACCGCAGCAGAUUUUAAAACCUGCUGAGUGGUGACUUGUAAGAGUUUCUACAAAUAUCUUUUUCUUCUCUACUGACAGGAAAGUGCAUCAUCCAGAAUUCCCAUUUGAGCUGGACGCAAUCACAGUAUCAAACCCAACCAUCAUGAACUGCCUGAUUGAUAUGAGAGAAAUUGAAAAAGUUCUUAUCAUCAAAGUGAGCAUGUCUCUGAUGCAAGAUGAGGCUGAAUAUUUCAUUUCAUUCUGUCUGGAGACUGUGAAGUUUUUUCUUCAUCAGUAUAUGAUCUCUGUGGUUUUGUGUGUUUUCUCAAAGGACAAAGACGAAGCAAGAGGGUCAUGCAGCAAGGCCAGUGACCCAGAAACUGCAGGGACGCCUUCACUGCUGAUGGAGGCGAUGGUGUGUCCGAAAUGUUAUUACUCCUCUGACUCCAGCAUGGUUAGAUUCCCUGGCGGGGAUCUAGAGACUGAAAUAAGGUAGUUAAUAUGCAGACAAAAUCAGCUUUAAUAAAAAGGAAGGAAAGAAAUUAACGUCAAGUUUGAACAGGAGAAAUUCGAGUUUGAAUUUUAAGUUUGAGGUGACCUGGAUUUGAUGAGAUUCUCUGUGCUGUGCUUUAUCUUGUCAGAACUGGUGGGUCAUCGUAAACUUUGAAACAAGUGAAUAAUAAAAGUUGAUAAGACUUUUCAGAAAAGUUAAGCUGCAGUAACCUGAUGGACUGUUUCACAUAUCUACCGCAUGAGAUAUAUAUUUCACAUCCAUCCAAGCAACACACAGACACCAUAGACUUAUUUAGGAGAGGAGGGACUCUGAUGGUGAUAAAGCAAACGUUCUGUCUGUCAUGUUCAUUAUGAGCCAGUUAGAGCAGCAAAACAUAUGACCUAAUGAGUGUGUACCAUCUAGGAGUAAACUACAUCACUCAAGCUUGGCAGGCACAGGUUUAGCCAGGCCGUAGCUACAGCCACUUUUUCUUUAAAUGACACUCAAGUGAACCAGGUCAAGGCUUUGGAAAAUGGAUCUGCCCCAUGACAGCCAUGGACUCUGGCCACUCCAUCUGAUUUGUAAAACUAAAGAUGAAGGUAGACUGACAAACUACUAGCUACUUCUUUUUCCUUUUGAGAAGGGGUUUUAGCAAGGAUGUAAAUUCUCAACUCAACUCAUUUUUAUUUAUAUGGCACUUUACACAACAAAGUUGUUUCGAAGUGCUUCACAACAACACAGAGGAAAAACAAAAGAAGAGAACAAACAGACGGCGAAGAAGAAGAGCAGACUGAUAGCGAUAAAAAUAUUGUUUUCAACACCAUCACUAUCAUCAUCAUUCAUAUUAGUAAUAAUGAAUAAUAAUAAUAACAAUAGCAGCAGCAAUAACUAGAAAAGCAUUCAGAGAACGCAGACCUCCGCCAAGCAGCUCAUGUCCGCCCUUAUAUUGUGAUUCACACCAAAACUUUUACUGUUACGUGUCUUUUAUUAACGUUUAUUUAUGUUCACUGUUCAUAAUGUUCCUAAAACAAGAAAUGCCCUGACCCAGAUUCGAAACCAAGACCUUCUGGCUGUGAGGCGACAGUGCCGCCCAUCGACACCACUGUACCGCCCAUUGGUUAUCUUUCAGCAUUGAAAAUUCCAACAGCACCCUUAUUUUUGUGUGUUCUGGAUCACAGUAUCCGGAAUUUUGUCUGGAUCAGGAUCAACCUUUGACACCUCAUAAAACUCAUUGAGAUCCUUUUGUGUCAUUUUUUACUAAAGACUCUGGACAUUUUUAUAGAGUUAAAUGCAAAAAUUCCAAAAUUUGCCCUAUCUCACAAUGAUAAAGAAUCCUUCAAAAAAUUCCUGGAUCCAGAAGGCGAUCUGGAUCACCACCAAAAUGUAAUGGGAUCCUCCUGGGGCUGAGACGCACCUCUGGUGAAAAUUUCAGGUCAAUCCGUCUGUAACUUUCUCCAUAAAGUUGCUAACAGACAAACAAACAAACCAACGCUACCGAAAACAUAACCUCCUUGGUGGAGGUAAUAAUAAUGAUAAAGACAACAUAGAUCUACCGACUUACAGAGCUCACAGAGCCUACAUGGGAAAUGGCUGAGCUAUAAAAGUUAGGGACAGUUAAAAGCUCGGGAGGAAAAGUGAGUUUUAAGAUGAGUUUUAAAGAUCUCAAUGGUGGGGGAGAAUCUGGUGUUGGGAGGAGGAGAAUUCCACAGUUUUUGGGGCCGCGAUAAAUGCAACGGAUGAAGCAAAAGCCACCUUCUGUUACCUCCAAAGCUCAAUGUUUGACAAGUUACUGUUGAACAUUGAGCUAAAAUAUAUUUAUCAUACUAACUUUUGACCCUAUUUCUCUUACUUGUUCUAAUGCAGUCAGCUGCUGUAACACUGUUAACCUAAAGUUAUAUACUUUCUUAAUCUUGUCAAACAGGAACGUUUAAGUCUGUUGGAUUUAUAAGUAUUUUAAAAAGUACGCUGUCCUGUGAUUCUGGUUUCUGUCAUCCGUGGAGUUUUUGUUUAAGGUAAAAAAAAGUGUAUCUUGGCUGUCACAGCAUGUUGGAGUCAGAGCUGGAGAAUCAGCAGGCUCAGCUGUCCAGGUUUCAGCUCCAGUCGACCUCUAAGUGUGAUGAGAUCUCAAGCAUGGAGAACACACUGAACAGCACCAUCAUGACCCUGAGGAGGACUCUGGUCAGUGAACCGUCCUCUUGGGGGAUGUGCGCCAGAACCUGUUUUUACACCAAUAAUCCUUGUCUUACUCUCUGUGUUUUCAUUUUCAUCCCUCUCAUUCCUGUGAUUUUAUUAAUAAAGUGUGUAAUGAAUCUUUAAGUUUUCAUUUGUUUUACACAGGCUUCAGUGAAUCAAAUCAAGGCGACAAUUACCGAGUUGGAGACUGCUGGAGAGGAGCAUAUCGCUGCCGUCAGCUCCUUGGUGAUCAUUUAGUCAUCUCUGUGAAACAUACUCAUAUCUCACCAAGGAUUAUGCCAAGCUGCACAAGAGAACUGUCAAAAGAUGGCGGAAGAAGAGCAGGCUGUUCGUGAAGCAGAGAUGGAGCUUGACAAGUGGCAAAAGAAAGUAUAGGACAAGGAGUCUGAGUACUUUUCUGUCAGGGAACAGGCUGAGCAGAUCCUUGAAGACAUGGAUCCUCUAAAGGUGAAGUAGAGGUUUUUUUCCCCUUUUUUUAGAAGGUUUGAAACAGAGUCUUGAUAAUAAUAAUCAGAAUUUUGCAUUUCCAACAGCUUUUUAUUGGAAGUGAAAAUGCAAGUGACUCAUUGUUAUGGUAAAGGUUGAGCAGGAGAAGCUGGAGAUCGAGUGCUCAAGACAGAAGCGAAACCUUCUAGGUUUUAGAGCCGACUGAAGGCUCAUGAGGACAACAUCCGAGCUAUAAAAAUUGACCUCAAGAGCUGCAGGUAAGGGGUUCGAGCGAUUUGUGAUUCAUUUUUCAUCUACCUCAUUGUGUAUGUUGGAUGCUGCAGUAGUUACUCAUGCACUCCAGCUAUAGUUAACAAGCUGUCCAGCAAAACUUGACAGGCUAUCCUCAGAGUUUACAUGUGAUGAUAGGAAGACGUGGCCAAAGCCUUCGUGAUCGGUCCUGAACGGCAGCAGGUGACAGGCAGCCCCAAGAGCAUCGACGCAGAGAUCACUCGGCUGCCACGGAGAGCAGCUCCUCAGGUAAGAAAUCACACUGUCUCUGCAGUCGGGCAAAAAUCUGUUUCUGCCCACUGAGGUUCAGCUCUUCCACUGAGAUUCCCUCUGCCACUCAGAGUCCUCUCAGCUGGAUAUUUUAAUCUGAUCUGCCCGUUGGCCAUCGCUGAAUCAUCUUGUGGCCUUAUUCUGGAAUAAGGAAAAUUUUCUGUCCUGUGCCCUCAUUAGGGAGUACGCCGAGGCCCUCGCUCUCUACAGACAGAAGACCAACCAAGUGAGUGAUCUGCGGAUGUUCAUCAAUCAACUCGACAAAAAUCGUAUCAGACAGAAAGAACAGAUACAAGGUCAUGCUGAGGUAAAUAAUAAUGUGCUGAGUUGACACAUGUAGAAGAGCGGCUGCUUUGAUCUGACUCUUUCUCCUCUCUAUGAAGGUCUCUCUCCAGCAGGUGCAGGUUCUACUUUACUAACGUCCUGAUGAAGAUGAACUGCAGCGGCUCCUCUUCUUUGUUUGUCUCUGUGUCUGCUCUGUGGCUUGCAUGUGAGUGACACCAGGUUGCUGUCGGGCGGCGAGCGCUCCUCCUCCACUCUGUGCUUCAUGCAUUCACUGUGGGAGAUCACAGAGUCGCCUUCAGAUGUCUUGAUGAGUUUGACGUCUUCACGGUGAGCACGCGGAAACAUUGGUGUUAACUCACACUUGAGCUUUUCAACAAAUUUCCAACAAAAUAUACCUCACUUACUUUCUGUGCAGGAUAUGAGGUCCCGCAGAAUUUCUCUGGAUCUUCUGCUGGAGUUGUCCCAGCGGCAGAAGCACCGUCAGUUUAUCUUCACCACUCUGUUCAGCAGCAGGUGA